CUCUCUCCUCACUCGAUCUCUGAAACUGGACCAUGCCCAGUUCCGGCGACGCCAUUCCCAUGUCCAAGAAGAAGAAGAAGCUCUUAUUCUUCGCCUUCCUUACUACCCUGCUCCUCGUCUCGGCCACUGUCGGCAUUGUCGCCGGAGUUAACUCCCGCAAUAACUCCGACGCUGACAUCGACAACAUCCAUUUCACCCCGUCACACCACAUAGUCAAAACUGCUUGCAGUUCCACGUUGUACCCUGAACUCUGCUUCUCCGCCAUCACCGCCGAACCCGGCUUCACCGAGAAAGUCUCCACUCACAGAGACGUUAUAGAACUGUCCCUCAACGUAACAGUCAGAUCCGUAAAGCAGAAUAAGUUCAUCGUCAAGAAAAUCCAAGCCAAGAAAGGCCUGUCCAAGAGACAGAAAGUGGCUCUUCGUGAUUGCUUGGAAACCAUUCAAGACACCCUGUUCGAACUCGGUCGUGUCAUCGCCGACCUGAAGAACUCCGCUAAUCGCGCCGACGACAUCAAAACUUUUCUUAGCACUGCCAUCACCAACCAGGAAACCUGCCUGGACGGGUUCUCCUUCAACAACGCCGAUAGACGAGUGAGAAAAGGGCUGAGCUCCGGGCAAGUCCACGUGGAACGCUUGUGCAGCAAUGCGCUGGCGAUGUUUAAGAACAUGACUGGCCAUGAAAUGCCAAGUCGCAGCAACAGAAAAUUGAUGGAACUGGAGGAGGUGGAUGGUGGUACGUGGCCGGCAUGGAUGACGGCCGAGGACAGGCGGCUUCUGCAGUCGGGGACGGAGACUGCAAACGUGGUGGUGGCUGCAGAUGGGAGUGGCAAUUACAGGACGGUGUCGGAGGCGGUUGCAGCGGCGCCGGCGAGGAGUAGCACGAGGUAUGUGAUAAGAAUAAAAGCGGGGGUGUAUAGAGAGAACGUGGAGGUGCCGAGCUCGAAGACGAAUAUAAUGUUUGUGGGAGAUAGCAGAACCAACACUAUCAUCACAGGAAGCAGAAAUGUGGUGGAUGGAAGCACAACCUUUAACUCUGCAACUGUGGCUGCAGUAGGAGACGGCUUCAUGGCUCGAGAAAUAACCUUCCAAAACUCAGCGGGGCCAUCAAAGGGCCAAGCCGUGGCUCUACGAGCCGGAGCCGAUCUCUCCGCUUUCUACAGAUGCGCCUUCCUAGCUUACCAGGACACCCUCUACGUCCACAGCAACCGCCAGUUCUUCACUGACUGCCUCGUUGUCGGCACCGUCGACUUCAUCUUCGGCAACUCCGCCGCCGUCUUACAGAACUGCGACAUCCGCCCUCGUCUCCCCCUCCGCGGCCAGAGCAACAUGGUCACCGCCCAAGGAAGAUCCGAUCCUAACCAGAACACCGGCAUCGUCAUCCAAAACUCCAAGAUCACCGCCAACUCGGAUCUGGAGGCACAGAAGGGAAGUGUGAGAUCGUACCUUGGGAGGCCAUGGAGGGAAUAUUCGAGGACUGUGAUAAUGAAGACUUACAUAGACGAUGUGAUAGACCCGGAAGGGUGGCACCGUUGGGAUGGGGACUUUGCGUUGGACACUUUGUUCUACGGCGAGUAUCAGAACACCGGAAGUGGUGCUGAUACGUCUAGGAGGGUUAACUGGAAAGGCUUUAACGUUAUUACUAGUGCUUCUGAAGCUCAAACUUUUACUGCUCAAAACUUCAUUGAAGGCUCAGGCUGGUUAUCCUCCACUGGCUUUCCAUAUACUCUUGGCCUAUAACUUAUUAAUUGCUUGUGUUGAAAGUUAAUUUGAGUCUAGCUAGGUUUGUUCCUAUAUGUGGCAAGUGCGCUGUAGAAGCCAGAUGAUCGUGGCUGGUCUCUUGUUCUAUGUGGUCAUUUGUAUUAAUAUAUGUGUAGUACGUACGUUAUAAGUUUGUAAGUUUUCGUUGAAAGAAGACUUCAAUU